ACCACCACACACACACUCUCUCUCUUUCUCUCUCUUGUAGGUUUGUGUGUUUCUUUUAUAAAAUCGAUAUUUUGUUGGAUUUUCAUGUGAAAUUAAACUUGAUGGGUGAUAGGAAACAGAUGCACACACGUCACCACCACCACCAUUUCUAAUUCUCCCUCUUCUUCAAUAUCAAUCUCAUUGAGCUCUUUAAAUCCCUCCAGAGCCAGAUUUUUACAAUGGAGCAUGGAGGAAGCUGCAAUGCAAUUACUACCACAACAAUAACCUUAAAAGCAAAACCACAUUCCAACCCGGAUCCGAAAGACAAACCCGUUUCAGAUCCAUUCUUGAUCAAGAAAGAAAACCAAAAGCCAACGACACGUGGCGACCAAGCAGCCAAGUACAAGGAGUGUCAGAAGAACCACGCCGCCUUAACCGGAGGACACGUGGUGGACGGAUGCUGCGAGUUCAUGCCCGGAGGUGAAGAGGGCACGCAAGGUGCGCUAAAAUGCGCAGCCUGCAAUUGCCACCGGAGUUUCCACAGGAAGGAAGUCUACGGACAUAGAAACAGAACACGAGAAGAGCUGAUAUCUACGGUGGUUUACAAGGCGAUCCAGCCACGUGGAGUUUAUCCAACUAGUGAGAUUGGACGGAGGGCUUCGUCGUCGAGCGAGGAUAUGAAGAAGAUAUUGAACCAAAAUACUGAUGGAAAAGAUUCGAUGAGGAAGAAGAAGAGGGUAAGGACAAAGAUCAGUGAAGAACAAAAGAAGAAGAUGAAGGAGUUUGCAGAGAGGCUAGGGUGGAGUAUGCAGAAGAAAGAUGAAGAAGAGAUUGAUAAGUUUUGUAGGACUGUGAAUCUGAGGAGACAGGUUUUCAAAGUGUGGAUGCAUAAUAACAAGCAAGCAAUGAAGAGGAACGGUAAUUUAAACUUGUGAUCUGCAAAAGUUUUUUUUUUUUUUUUGAACAACUUGAUCUGCAAAAGUUAAAAUUAAUAAAUCUUGUUUUUAUUAUUUGCACAAAUAUUGCUUUGAGUAUGAAUUCGUGACUAGAUUAUAGGAUUGUAGAUGCAAAUCUUGAAACCAGAAGCGUCUAUCUAUGCUAUGAUUUAUUAUGUUAA